AACGAUAGCUGCACAAGGUCCAAGUGCAGGACUCUAAAUAUUGUGUAUCCUGUAAUUAUACACACAGAACUAUGGUUAUGGUUUAACGGGUAACUUUGCCUUCCCUGUAACUGGAGUAAGCUGCAUAUUUCAGUGCAAUGGGAUAACUUCUUUUGUGGGUCCAAAUAAAGGGUUGGAACUGGCUGAGUCAGCUUGAUACUGGAGGGAAAAGGAGAGAGAGAGAACAUUUUUACUCUAAAGGGUCUUAAAGAAGUGAAGUUGAUGUGUGCCACUGUUACUGGGAGAAAUACAAGAUGAAGCGAUGCUCGGUUUCUUACCUUCGGAAUAUUGCUGGAGUCUGUGUCUUCAUAGCAGUUUGUGUUACAAUCAUCGUGUUGUGUCUGACAUUGGGCCGACCCCCUAAAGACCACAGACAGACAUUCAUCUCUGGAGAAGACAUGCUGGAUUAUCUGAAGCUGCAGGGUGUGAUUCAUUCCAAGGACGGGCUACUAGUGAGCUGGAGUCAUGGAGCCAACAAUAAGAGCCAGAUGGAGGAAGCGUUGAAAAGUGAUAUCAUGGUUCUAGAAGCUGAUGUCAACGUGGAAGGAUAUGGAACGAAAAAUCAGACAAAUAUUCCCAUCAUGGCUCAUCCUCCGGCAGUAUACAGUGACAACACACUCCAGGAAUGGCUGGACACUGUUGUGGUCUCCUCAAAAGGUAUCAAACUGGAUUUCAAAAGCAUUGAAGCGGUUAGCCCCUCACUCAACAUAUUAAAUGCAAAAGCAUCAAAGGGACAAAUUAGACAGCCCAUCUGGCUAAAUGCAGACAUCGUGAUUGGGCCCAAUGUCAAUCAUAAUAUCGCAGUGAACGCAAGCCAGUUUUUAGAGUUAAUUCAAACAAAGUUUCCUGAUGUGACCAUUUCCCCGGGUUGGGUAACUCUCUAUCUACCACCCAUCCUAUCAAACCGGACCUACUCAUGGGAGAUGAUCCAGGAGAUGUACAAUUUAGUGAAAUCGUUGCCCCAGCGGGUGACUUUCCCAGCUCGAGCUGCUUUGACUCGCUCAGCGUGGCAACACUUCCACUGGCUCCUACAGCAAUCUGACAGGUAUACUCUCACUUUAUGGCAAGGGAGUUCAGACCCUCUGACUCUGGAAGACCUAUUGUUUAUCCGAGAUAACAGUCAGCCUGAGCAAAUCUAUUAUGAUAUUUAUGAACCUCUGUUAUCUGACUUCAAACAAAUUGCAUUAAAUCCACACAGAAAGAGACUGUUUUACUCUGGGGGCAGUUUGGAGCUAUAUUUCCACCCAGAUGAUGAUGAUGGACUAUGGAUAGAAUGGUUCGACGCAGAAGGUAACAUCACAUAUGUAGAGAGCAUUUUGAAUGGUAAUUCUGGAAUGAUAACUUUCCAAGUUGAGAUGCGAGAUAUUAAUUCCAGUGUCAUUGCUGCAGUUGUUCUGUCUGGGUCAGACACUGUGCUGACAUUGGAAACAGCUCUGAAGUUAGUAUCUGACCACUUCAGUCCUUGGGGGGUCUUCUUGAGAAUAAGUGAUCACGCUUCCCUCAAUGAGACACUUCGUAUUCUCAGGGAUCGAUCUAAGCAGCAAGAGCUGUGUUUCCCAUUGUGGAUAAACAUGGACGUAUCAUAUGGCUCUUUCACUGUUCCAGGAUACAUAGAUGGCAAAGACUUUAUCAACAGCAUCAACGACAUCUUCCCGUUUGUUACCAUUGCACCAGGAUGGCCAGCAGAAGUGCUGGGUCUGGGCUACACUGAUCAGAUGGCACAGGACAUGCUGAAACUCUGUGAGGGCCUCUGGCAAGAGGUUUCCUUUCAGUUACAGGCCGUAGCACUAGGGGUAGCCUGGGAAGGUGCUAUAAAACUUAAGAACACUUCGCCAAUUUACUCACUUACUGUGCAACAUGACGGACCACCAGAAAAAUUCAUGGACGGAUAUAAGGGACUAAUGACAAUUCGAUCGCACGCCGAAAACAAAGUGUACUACAAAUUGACACAUGAUGACCGCAUUUCAUUUCUAUACUCAGUCUAUACCUCAUAAAAUUAAUUAAUCUCAGGUGGAACACUGUAAUUUGUAAGUAUAGAUAUUUUGUAGAAUGUGCUUUGAUUGUAGAAGUGCUGUAAAAAGUGCUUUCUUGAAAUUCUCUGUUGGUCAGAUUAACACAUGGUCUCCCCUUUACUGAACUGAAGAUCGUAAUUGCACAAAUGUAUCAUUGGUAAGAAUAACAGUAAGGGCUUCAGAAAAGUAGGCGCUUUCUAGAAAGUAGACAACGCAUUUCACUUGACUUGAUGGAAACCUGGCCAAGAGUUAAAGUGUAUUUUAUUCAGUGACAGAGACAAUUAGUUUCAUUGUGAUACAUAACUAAUACACUUCAUUUUAUUUAUUUUUUAAAUUAAGCAAUAAACUGUGUAUGUAACCUAACCUAAAUCAGAAAAGAAUUGUGAUUAUGAAAGUGAUAAAAAAUGUUGAAUAAAAUCUUUACAGAAACCUUCCAUGGUGUUACUGCAUGUAAUAAAGUUAGGGAGACAAUGCUAGGGUGUACUAUCCAACGUAUCAAAACAAAGAGGGACACUUUCCUUUUAGGGGUGUAAGUUGGUGUGUGGCCAUGGGUAAGGGCUGUUUUUGAGACAUUUUAGCUGACUUACUAUUAACUUAAGC